AUGUGGUGGCCGUUACUGUACUGGAUAACUGCGCUGCUGUUCAUUCUGGUUGCUUUAUACUACCUCUAUAUCCCGAUGCCGGCCGAAAUUGGUGAUCGCCGUCAUGUGAUAAUAAGCGAUAUGUUUAUGCGAGUCGUUUGGGAAUAUCCGAGUGAGGUAGUCGAAUAUUUCUUUGGGCCAAAGAUACGAGUCAAAUAUUUCCGUCUUGUUCUGAUAGGAAUAUUCAGUUUCUUCAGACCGGACCUAUCCGAUGUAACGGUAAGUAAUGGUAACCCAUUUCUGAUUUUUUUUCAUAUUUGGCAUUCACAUGAGUAA